UUGAAUUUCUUCUAGAUGAAUUUAUGAUAAUCUGAUCAAUAACAGUUAAUUUAAAUUAAAUAAAACGAGUAAUUAUGUGCGACCAAUUGGAUCCGAGAGUGCAUCGUGAAUUGGAGCGUCUGAACGAAGCUAGCAAUGUGAUAAAUAGAUUGGAAAAUAAACUGAGUGAAACCAGGAACCAGUACCGAACAGCCUUAUCAGAAUCUACACAUCAACUUAAUUCAUUAGCGAAAAAAUUAGGAGAUUGUGUCACGAAAGCGCGUCCGUUUUACGACGCAAAACAAGUUGCAAAAGAAGCGCAGUUAGAAACUCAACAUGCUGCUGUAAGAUUCGAGCGUGCUGUGAGUAUGCAUGUCGCGGCACGUGAAAUGGUCGCUGUUGCCGAACAGGGCAUGGAAAACGGUGGUGACACUACUGACACCGCCUGGCAAGAAAUGUUAAAUCACGCAACUUUGAAAGUUAACGAUGCUGAAUUGGAACGAAUCGCAAGUGGGGAGGAACAUCAAGAAAAAAUGGAAUUGUUUAAAAAAGCUGAAUCAAACAUGAACGCUUUGCAAAAAAAAUUAAAAUUCAACAUUAUGAAAUCACGAAAAUAUUUCGAAUUUAAGGAACAAACAAACGCACGAAUUGAAGCCCUCGUUGCGCUCGUAAAAAGCGCGGAAGCACAACUCUCAAAAGCGAAGAUUGAUUACUCCCAAGCUCUUAGAAGUCUCGAGAACAUUAGCAACUCCAUCCACGAAGCGCGGAAGUCACUAGGAGAACGAGGAGCAGGCGUUGGAGCAGAAGACGAGCCCGUGUUACAAGAAUCUGAAGCAGAAUUAAAGAUUGAAGCAAUUACGCAAUUUUCUUCAAAAAUAGAGGACGAUGAAACUUCAAUUACCAUGGAAACGGUAAAAAAUAACAAUGGCAAAGAAGCAAAGGUUAUUUUAUCUUCAAAAUUAACGAGAUCAAAAACAAGUGAAAUAUUACUAAGCGUAGCUGAUUUAAACAGAGUACAAAUUAAGUAAAAAAAAAGCAUAUUUCAGCAUUUUUUUAUUCAAAACAAUUUAUUUAUUUCUGUUAUUAUUAAAGUGAACAUUGCCAUUUAUGUAAUUUUUUGAUCAUUUUCAAUUUUGUCGUGUCAAUUUCUUAACGAGUCUCACCUUGUUAAACUUUAAAAAAAACUUUUUUAUUCCUACCAUUGAUGAAAGGGAAGGGGGCUUUUUCCGUAAGUUUAUCACCUUGUUAAUCCCCUUAUGACCUAAGUUCCUGUAUUAUGGAAUUGAACAUACCUACCGUAUAUGACGUAUAUAUUGCAUAUAAGCUGACCCUAUGAAUCAUAACACACCAUCGCAUCUAUCACAGCAAAUGGUUGCAGAAAAGAAUUAGUGCAGUCAGAGUUAUGCGUGUAUAAGCCAACCCCUUAAUUUGGCAACUUUUCCUUUGAAUUUUGAACUCGUCUUACAUGCAGAGAUAUACGGAGAAAAAAUAAGGUAGUUGCAAAUUUGGUUUGACAUCUUAGGUUCUCAUGCUCAUCUUCGGCAAUAUUUUGUACUGGGCAGAUUCUGCAAUCCAUGUUGAACUAUUGAAGCAAAAGUUUAAGCAAAUUUUUUUUUUUUUUCAUUUUUAUUGAAAGUAAUGGCCUAUAUGAAGUUGUCACGACUGAUCGGGUCUUCAAAUUACUUUCUGUUAAUUUAGCUGUAUUAAAUUAAUCUCUUCUAUGUUUGUUUCACAAAUUUUUAAAUAAAUUGGUUGGGUUAUCCGCCUGGUUUCUAUAAUAUCCUAUGAACAGAGGCGAAGGAAAUAGAUUAAAAUACCAGGGGGAGGGGGUAACAGGGUACCCGAGUUACUAACUAACUAUCUUGCCGUUCAUGGGUGCAGCAGGCGCCCCGAGUUCCCAGCCAAGCCAUUUAGUGUGGUCCUUUUCAAUACUCAGAUUUUUCCCCAUCAAGCAUAAAAUCCUAAUUGUUAGAAUACAUUGUUUUUUUGCUCUUGUUGUGCGCUAAAUAUUCCAACAUUUUGCCUGGUGCCUUUAUUACUGGAAGUCUCGAGCGAUAGCCGCCUUCCGCAUUUUAUAGUGGAUAUAUGGCCCACUGACAAAAGAUGUUGCACAUCUCUGCUAUGGUUUAACGUAACGUUUGUUUAUUUUUUGCGAAAGUUAUUAUAGCCUCGAUGAAGUAUUUAAACUGAUAGGGCCAUUGUUUGUUUUAUUCAUGUUACUGUGUUAUAUGAUCCGAAGCGAAAUCAAUUUUUAGCUUGGUGAUAGUUUUUUAGAUGUGGUACCGGUAUUGGAGCGCAAGGUUUUGGAAUUUUUUUCAAUGUGCAAACUGAAGCUUGUUUUGUUAUUUUCUUUUGCUAGAGAUAUAUUGUUUAUUUGUAUGUUGCCAGUUUUUCCAUUGGCUGUGAUUAAUAGAAAGAGGAAUAAGCUUGA